AUUGAGCCACUCUACUUCUGCAAGUACUGUUCCCACCUGUUUGAUAGUGGGUCCAUGUGUACACUUGUUUAUGCUGUGAUCUGCCGUCCAUCGCCUUACACAAGUAACGCCCCAAACCCCCUCCCAUCAUGAAGACGGCGACUUUUUCGAGAGGCAAGAGCUCUACGAAGACGAAGGCCGAGCUCAAGGCCGAAGAGGCGGCCGAAAUUCAGAGACGCAGAGCCCGCAAGGAGCUCGAACUUUUCGGACAAGAACGCGAUCGCAGGCCUGGAGCUUUAGCUGCAAAUGAAACUUGGUGGUGCCAACAAUACCUAUGGUUGAAGAGUCAAGGGUAUUUACUUCGUUCUCGGUAUGCCCCGGAUUGGGUGCCAUCCUGGGAGGGUACCCAGCGCAAUCCAUUUGCUUGCGAAGAUGGACACUCUGUGCGAUUUGGCCAAGUCCUGGAUGCAACGCGUAUAUCCGAUGGCUUAUAUGUUUCUCUCAAAAUUGUGAAGAAGUCGCAACACCCUCACGAGGUGGAGGUUGGGCAAUGCUUUAUGUCGGAACCACUUGCGUCCCAUCCCAAAAACCAUUGUGUUCCGUUUCUUGAGGUGUUGUCACCACCGAGCGACGAAGAUAGACAAUUGAUUGUUAUGCCGCUGUUGCUUCCUUUCGCUCAUCCGCGAUUUGACACCUAUGGCGAGGUGAUGGAGUGUUUUAGACAACUGUUCGAAGGUCUACUCUUCAUGCACAAUAACCAUGUAGCACAUCGUGACUGCGUGAGGAUGAACAUAAUGAUGGACGCCAAGGACCUCUAUGUUGAGCCCUAUCAUCCUGUUGUGCAUCGCAUGAAGCGUGACUUCAGUGGGCGCGCGAGGCAUUAUACUCGCAUGAAGCGACCACCAAAAUACUACUUUAUCGACUUCGGCUUAUCACGUCGAUACGAUCCUCGCGAAACCACUCCCCUGGAGUAUCCGAUCUUUGGUGGUGACAAAUCAGUGCCAGAAUUCCAAAACAAUGCAGAUGUCCCUCUGAAUCCAUUCCCCACCGAUGUCUACUAUCUCGGCAACGUCAUUAGAGAAGAGUUUAUGAGCACCAAAACAGGGUUUGAGUUUUUGAAACCUCUCAUCGACGACAUGGUUCAGAAUGAUCCCAACGCAAGACCUACGAUGAACGUGGUAGUCGAGCGUUUUGACUUAAUUCGACAGCAGCUCAGCACAUGGAAACUACGCUCUCGGGUCCCUGCGAGAGACGAAGGUCUUUUCGAAAUUCUGUAUCGUGGUGCUACCCAUUGGAGACGACGGAUAGGACUCAUCGUCAAGCGUGCACCAGCCGUACCUCGCUUUCAGUAAUGUGACAUACCUUAGCGGUGUUGCACAUAUGUACAUCUAGAACAUUGCUACUCUUAGAUGUAUCCCGAAAUCUAUGAUGUGCGGGGGUGCGACUUGACAUGUCCAAAUCCGGGUCAUUCACGAUCUAGCUGUAUUCAUUCUGCGUGCGCUGAAGUCUCUUCUCGAUUCAAAACAGUAGAUACUGAGGAUUAGUAUGUCCUAUGUUGUUUUUUUACCUGCAGCGCGGAGAGAGAGCUGAGAUCAUUACGACUUCCGAACAUAUUAUGGCUAUUCGCGGAGUUUGGAAUGAGGGGGGGGGUCGCAUGUACUUAUUGG